AUGGUUAUUCCACUGAGAGAGGACUUUGUCCUUCUCUUUAUGAGGAAGUCUUGGGCGUCAGUUGCAGCUCGUUUUACUUCAGAGACAAAAACAGAGAGAGAAGUAACAAGACUCCACUGCCGGACGACAAAGGUGUGUUAGAUCAGUACUAACAAUGUUCAGGAGUGACAGUCCCUUUGGCAAUGACACCAGCAGCUAUGCAGGAUCCAUCCAGUCCAAUGGUUUUUCAACAAUGGAUGAUGUGUCAUCACAGGCUUCAAAUAUUUCAAGGCCCAGUGCAAAGUCAGUUUACUUGCAGAGGAUGGAGUAUGCAGUAUCUCUAAACAAGAUGAUGGAAACAUUUCAGUACAGAGUGGAGCACUUAUUCACUUGUGACCUGAAUGGGAAGGAGUUGAGAAGUGUAGCUGACUGUGUGGAGCGGCUGAAGCUUCUGGAUGGGAUGGGUCGUGUGUGGGCUCAGAGCAUGCUGCUGGAGAUCCGUGGCUCCCACCUGCUCUUUACAGACGUUGAAACCAAGGAGGAGCUGGAGUCCAUGGCUCUCAGUGACAUCGUGGAGCUAAAGGCUGUGCCUGAUUCUGGAGCAAUUAGCUCUCUGCUAACGGUGUCAGUGCAGUUUGGAAGAAAGCACACACAAACUGUCUUUAUGUUUCAGUGUGAGGAUGUCAGGGCUGAACUUGUUCAAAAGGAUUUCACACGCCAUAGAGAUGACAUAAGCAUUAACAGCAACACAGGAUCUGUAGCAGGACGUGCAGAAAUGAAAAACCUACAUAAUGCUGAAAAAUUCUCUAAACCUAAAGAGUCUCAAGUGGAGUCAGUCCCCCAGUGGUCAGCUCCAGACUACGCCUCCAUUGUACUCAUAGAGGAGGAGCUGGAUGUACCUCAGCAGGAGGAGGAGGAUGAUGAUGAGGAAGAGGAGGAGCAGAUACCAACACCUCAACCUUACAACACUGAAGAAGAAGAAUCAUUGUCGACUCCACGCCCAUACACAGAGCUGGAAAGGAAUGUAGACAUCUUGAAUCACAUUGUCAGUGACAUAGAGAUCUUCAUGGGGAAAAUAGCUGCAGCAGUAGCUAAAAAUUCAAAGAAAAAGAAGAAAAUGAAAGCAAAAGGAAAAGCUGUUGAUGGUGUGCCCCCUGCAGCAGAGUUUGCAGACUGUCUCCAUAAGAUCAAAUGUGGUUUCAACCUGGUGGGGGAGCUCAAUGGACAGAUUGAUAAUCCCAGUGCUCCUGAAUUUGUUCACUCCUUUUUCUCCACAUUGGGAUUUGUGGUAUCUCACUGCCCAGAGGAUCUGCCACAGACCAUUGUGGCCCCCCUGCUGACCCCUGCGUGUAUCCGUCUGAUGAGUGAGGAGGCCUCUGCAGAGGAGGACCAGCUGUGGCAGUCUCUCGGAGAUGCCUGGAACAUCCCCAGUACCAAAUGGCCAGAUGAUGAUGAAGACAUCCCAACAUACACUCCGGAGUUUUUCGAUGGCUGGCAGCCUCCUGAGGUGUCCGCAGCCUCUGAACCCAAACAACCUGUGAGGAGACAGGAGAAUCCAAAACCUGCACCCAGUCAGACUUCUGCAAAGUGGACGCCUGCAAACACCACACAAAAACCACGACCUGUUGAGUCGAAGGGUCCCAUGCGUGUCGUGUAUGACUUCAUCUCGAGAAACCACAGAGAGCUCACUGUCACAAAGGGAGAAAUAGUCCAACUGCUGGACAGGUCAAAGCAGUGGUGGAAGGUGAGGAACAACAGGGGAGAGGAAGGCUUUGUACCCAAUAAUGUCCUGGAGGAUCCUGAUGAGCAGCCUAUGGAGUUUUCUCAGCAAACUGGAGGUUCUCCCGUCCUGACGAAGAAGUCAAAGUCUGCAGAGGUAAAAGCCUGGCUGGAAGACAAGGGCUUCAGUAAGAUCACUGUGCGCUGUCUGGGCAUGCUAAGCGGCUCCAUGCUUCUGGGAAUGAGCAGAGAGGAACUGAAGCAGGUGUGUCCUGAGGAGGGAGGGCGGGUCUUCUUCCAGUUACAAGCUGUCAGGUCCGCCAUGGCUGCUGCUAUAUAAAGACAAUGAAGAAGAUCAUCAUGGACCAAACAAGUUGUUAAUGGUUGACUGUAAAAGAAAAAGAAAAAAAGGAGAUAAUAUAAUUACAAUUAGGUUUACAGCUUUUCAAUGACAGAUGGCUGAAUGUUGAAUGAAUACAUUUUCUGCAUGUGUGAAAUGUUUAAAAGUAAAGUUGUGAUCCAAUCAGCAUGUUAUACUAAAAUUAAAGACCAGUCAGGUAGUUUCUCCAGCAUUAAAAGCUAAUGGUGCCCACUAAGACAUUUCACAAAUUUGCAAUGAUCUCAACUCUGUAACAAAAAGUAAUCUGAGAUGUCAUUUUGAAACCUGUGAAUAAAGGUAAUGAGACUCACA